CUCUGGCGGCAGGAACCGGGAGCCCGAGACCCGGGAAUCGCACCUUGUUUGCUGCGCUAGGGCAAGGGCAAGCAGAGAGUGACCGCAAGUCUAGAGAGAGGAAGGGAAACAGAGAGAGCUGCUGGAGCAAAGAGGACUGGGGCCCGGGAGAGCCGAAGAAAGGAGGACAAGGGGACAGUUAGGGCAGAGGGCGGUAGUGGGCACCGGCGGGGACCCCAGGAGCCACUGGCCGCACAGAGCCUCUUCUCCAGCCUGCAACCUUCGCGCGCACGGGCCGCCCCCUCCUCCCUCCCGGCCGCCCCUCCUCCGUCCCGCCCCCGCGCAGAGUCCCAAGCGCUGCAGAGGCCGCCGCCUGCACUGCCGCUCCCGGAGCUGCUGCUCGCCUGGACACGCUUGGAGAAGGACUCAGGUCGACCGCCCCAAGCCCUUCCCUCCCUGUGACUCCGCAACCACCGCUAGACCAGUUCACUCGCUCCACCGUUCCCACUGGGACCUUCACGGCCCCGUGACCUCCCCUCCGCUCCCCUGAACCACCGCUCCCCUGCGGCCCCCUCCGCUGCGGAAACUUGGGCAGGACCGACGGGACCCGCGCGCGGGCUGGCUCCGGCGCUGCGGCGAUGCCCGCGGGCCCUCUCCCCGCCACUUGCUCGCCCAGUACCGGGGCUCGGGCCCCGACGGCUGCGCCGUGAGAUGACUUUCCGAGACCUCCUGAGCGUCACUUUCGAAGGACCCCGCUCGAACAGUAGCACUGGGGGCUCGGGCGCGGGCGGUGGAGCUGGCACGGCUGGACCCGAGGGCCCGGCGGUGGGCGGCGUGCCAGGGACCACUGGCGGCGGCGCUGUGGUGGGAACCGGCAGCGGCGAGGACAACCAAAGCUCCACGGGAGAACCGGGGGCUGCGGCCAGCGGUGAGGUGAAUGGCUCAGCGGCCGUCGGGGGACUGGUGGUGAGUGCACAUGGCGUGGGAGUGGGAGUCUUCCUAGCAGCCUUCAUCCUCACCGCUGUGGCGGGCAACCUGCUCGUCAUCCUCUCGGUGGCCUGCAACCGCCACCUGCAGACGGUCACCAAUUAUUUCAUCGUGAACCUAGCGGUGGCUGACCUACUGUUGAGUGCAGCUGUGCUGCCCUUCUCCGCCACUAUGGAGGUUCUCGGCUUCUGGGCCUUCGGCCGGACCUUCUGCGACGUUUGGGCCGCGGUGGACGUGCUGUGCUGCACCGCCUCUAUCCUUAGCCUCUGCACCAUCUCUGUGGACCGGUAUGUAGGCGUACGCCACUCGCUCAAGUACCCAGCCAUUAUGACAGAGCGCAAGGCCGCUGCCAUCCUGGCUCUGCUCUGGGCGGUGGCCCUGGUGGUGUCUGUGGGACCACUGCUGGGCUGGAAGGAGCCAGUGCCCCCAGAUGAGCGUUUCUGCGGCAUCACCGAGGAAGUGGGCUAUGCUGUCUUCUCAUCCGUGUGCUCCUUCUACCUGCCCAUGGCGGUGAUCGUGGUCAUGUACUGCCGCGUGUACGUGGUUGCGCGCAGCACCACGCGCAGCCUCGAAGCAGGCAUCAAGCGGGAGCCUGGCAAGGCCUCCGAGGUGGUACUGAGGAUCCACUGUCGCGGUGCAACUGCUAGCACCAAAGGAGCCCAAGGGACGCAGAGUAGCAAGGGCCACACCUUGCGCAGCUCGCUCUCUGUAAGGUUGCUCAAGUUUUCCCGCGAGAAGAAGGCUGCCAAGACGCUGGCCAUCGUCGUGGGUGUCUUCGUUCUGUGCUGGUUCCCCUUCUUCUUCGUCCUGCCACUGGGUUCUCUGUUCCCGCAGCUGAAACCAUCAGAGGGCGUCUUCAAGGUCAUCUUCUGGCUGGGCUACUUCAACAGCUGUGUGAACCCGCUCAUCUACCCCUGCUCCAGUCGCGAGUUCAAGCGCGCCUUCCUCCGCCUCUUGCGCUGCCAGUGUCGCCGCCGCCGCCGCCGCCUCUGGCGCGUCUACGGCCACCACUGGCGAGCCUCGACAGGCGAACAGCGUCCCGACUAUGUCCCCAGCCCGAGAGUCGCGCCCCCGGGAGCUCCCCUGGCCCUCACUGCACACCCAGGCCCUGGCUCCGCAGACACGUCCGAGGCGCAGGCUCCGGUCUCCGGGCGUCGAAAGCCAGCCUCCGCCCUCCGGGAGUGGAAGCUGCUCGGGCCGCUGCAGAGACCCACGACCCAGCUGCGCGCGAAGGUGUCCAGCCUGUCCCACAAGAUCCGUUCUGGAGGCACACGUCGUGCGGAGGUUCCGUGCGCCCUGCGCUCGGAGGUGGAGGCAGUGUCUCUAAGCGUUCCCCAAGAUGGGGCAGAGGCUGUCAUCUGUCCUGCCUAUGAGCCAGUCGACUACAGCAAUCUCCGGGAAACUGACAUUUAAGAACCGAGACCCAGGCUGGGAGAUGUGCUGGAGCCAGGGGUGAGGUGCGUUGAAGGAUGCUGCCUUUGGAUCCACGACCUGGGACCGGAUCACUUCGUAGGUGGUGGGUUAUGGCGCCCCCUGCUGGACAUAGGUGCCCAGAGCGCUACUGGAAGUGAGACUGCGGGAUUCGCUCUCCUCAUCCAGAUUGAAAAACUGCUUAGUCAGCUGCUCCUGAAGUCUAGGCAGAAGACUUUAGGUGUGGCCACUCGCCUUGGGGAGGAAUAGGUACAGAUUCGUACUCUGCUGCUCCCAGGAAGAAGAUCAGUGGACACCGAUCUGCCACCGGGAGGAAGUCAGUGGACCUACCGUGGGACCCGCCAUACUGCGAGCUUUGGUGGCAUAUUGGAUGCCCGCAGUACAAAUCUGUUGUUUGUUGCCCUAGGCCCAGGGCCUCCUCCCCAUGUUCCUAACCUGUAUGCACCCUUCACCUGGCUGAGCCCUCACUAUUUCCCCCAGGGGCCUUACUGUUUACACUCUGUACAUAAUUCAUUGUGCCUGUCUGUGCCGAUCACUUCUCACUGGGAUUCCAGGCUGCCGACAGGGGAGAGCCAGCCUUAUUUAUCAUUUUGAAACCUAUUUAUUGGUAAGAGUACUUAUAUUUUGUUCAGAUUGUGCAAACUGUCCAUCUUUGGCCUGUGAGUCAUAUAGAGCCUCCCUCUUCUGAAACCCUUAGGCAACUGCAGGAUAGUCUAUGCUCACCUUGCUAGUUUUAUCAUAGCUGCCUCUCGGAUAGUUGCUGCCCUUUGGGGUUUUGGGGGAGGGUAGAGGUCAGAAACAUAUUUUGGGAGUUGGUUCUCUCCUUCACCCUCGGGGGUCACUAUCCUUUGGUCAUUGUCCUUUGGAUCUUUUAGCAAGGCUAAAAGACUUUGGAGCUUUGUUGGCUUUUAAAAGUCACAGAAGCACAAACUUUCUUCUUGUCAGCCUCUGUGAUGCUCCAAGGGCCUCGGGAAACAUACUGGCUACCAGUGCACACCCAAGCAGACAGGUCUGUGGAUGUGGAGAAAGCCCAUACCUAGGAGUCAUACUCCUUAGCUCUGAAUAAGGCAUGCAUCCCACGAUCAUAAGCAAUUCAGCCUCUCAAAAGAAAAUAUCAACCACAUUUAUCCAGCCAGCGUGGGUGUGAUAACUGUGACCAAUGGGCCCUUAGAGAACAGCUAUCUAAACAAAGCUCCAAACUGGAAGAGCUGGUUACUGGCUCCAACAUGUACAGGAAGGUGGCUGUCCUCUGCUAAGGGGGCAGUUUGCCCGAAGCAUCACGGCAGCGCUAAGCCUUCCGUGAUACUCUGACAAGGUUAGAAGGGCUUAGAAGGAAGUAGUUUACAACGUGAGCUGGGGUCUGGGUUUUGAGAACCUGCCUCCCCUAAGCACCCAGAUAUACAGGACCAGUUAUAGCAGGUGCUGGGAAUACGCUAUGUAACUCAAAAUAAAAUGCCCCCUUUGUACCUACUGACCUCCUUGAAGCUAGGGGACAGGCUUUGCUAUCUUUUCACAGAGGUGGAAUCCAUGGGUCAAGUCAGAAAGAGUGAGUAGGCAGCCCCCAGUCUCAAGUACUUGAGCAUCAACCUCUUGCGUAGGGGUGAGCCAGGUUUGCUUCAAAGACUAGCUUAGGUUUUGGGAGACCCAAUCAGUGGGAGUGGGGAUGAUAGGACUGACAACCCACUCAGUGUUUGCGCCAAGCAUGGUAACCAGAUUAUGACCAGACCCCUGGGCACACUGCUGCUCCCUACAGCAAGAACUGAGUGUGAAUGGCUGUGGAAGGUUGCAGAGCCCAGAGACAUCUCUUCAUCAGAGGCCUCCAGGCAUCUUGUUCUCAAAGCCAGUACAGCAUGGCCACUGACCUCACUCCUGAGACAAGACAGGAUCAUAGCCAAGAGGGAUGGACAGAAUAGUGAUGGGCUGGGGAAGUGAUGGGGGCAGAUAGAAGUGAUGUCAGGAAAACCUGGGAGAAUGCACAAUUCCUUGGGUCCUUGGGUGCUUCUGUCCUUCAGCCCAUCCUACAUAUCUGACUAUAAAUGGUCUCUGAAGUGUACGCAAGACUUGAGGCACUUGUCCUCCCGUGACCUUAGAGGAUAAGGCCUGAAGGCAUCUAAGGUGGGGAAGGGAUGAUCCUAUGAGAGGCGACAAAGACCAAAGCAAGCUUUAAAGAACACUGCUGUUUGUCCAUCCUUAGCCUCCUUCCUGCUUCCUACCCCAGGGUCCUAGCUGCCAUCUAACCACUCACGUCUCCUUACUUCCCACACCCGUGCUCAGCCCCAUGUUAACAGCAUCUGCUCUGGAGCCCCGCUUCCCUGAUGUGCCGUCUGCUGGAACUAACUCCUGUUCGUUCCUGCCUCCCGUCUCCUUUCUUCCUUCCUCCAGAGACUCCCCCUCCGCCCUUAAACAUUCCCCAGGGUUGUAUUCCCCUUCUCAGCUCUCCACAUAAUCUUGUCCACUCCACAUCUCAAUGACCACUUACAUAGAAAUGGCCCCCAGGGACUGUCUUGAGCUCCAGAUGUGUGGUCAACCUCCCAAGCACCCCACAAGGCCAUCUGCUUCCUGCAGAUCCCCUGAGCAUGCAACGCCGCAUCCACUCUCCAACUUCUCGGCUUUGCAUCUUUCCAAGAUCUCCUUCACAAGAUUCCCAGCUCUGAGCAAGCCCCAAGCCUCCUACAGCCUCCCAGGUCACUCACCUACCCCCGUCCAGUGCACUGAGAGUCCUUAUGUCCCCAAGAGUAGAUUGCCCUGCACAUGUAUGGUGACACAUGUUCCAUCUGCUGUCCAGCUGACUAGUCCCUCCCCCUUCAGGACCCUAUCAUCAGCCGGUCCCUGGGUUCCUCCUGUCCAGUUGCUGACAGGUCAUGGGGAAGUGUCUGAGACCUUCAUCAGCCUUCCUUGUAUCACAGUUUCAACUCCUCAAAGCCCUCCUGACCUUGAUUCUAUUCCCAUCCUGUUAUAUCCCCAGGGGACUGACUACAUGGCCACCGGCUGUCCACUAGGAAGGAAUUUUUGUAGUGCGCCCCCCCUCCCCUCGCUUCUUGUGGCUCCUGAGAAGCACAAAUCCAGAUGCUCA